AGCACAGCUCAGAUGUCUGUUAGCUACGCAGGCGAAUGGUCGCAUUAAAUACUCGGUUCGCGUCUUUGGAAGUGCGGUUAAAAAAAAUUGGCAUUGGGAUUCGGCAGCGGAAUCAAAAAUAAAAUCGGGCAUUGCCGCCGUCUUCGUCGUCGUUGCGUUGUAUGUGAUAUCGUUUGAUUCGUCGGUAAACAAAACAAGACGCGCGACAAGAAUUGGGAAACCCAAACAGCAGAAAUUAGCGAAAAAAGAUUCCACACUCAACAACAAUCACAACAACAACAACAACAACAAUAGCGAACAUGAAACGCCGGAAGCUGAUCAUUUGCUGGGCAGCUCUACAGGCGGCCAGCAGCAUCUUGACCUGUCUGCUGCUGUUGCUCACUCAGCAUCCGGCAGCGGCCGGCAUUGUGCCACCCCCUUGGAGCGAUCCCGCCAAGAAUCCCUGCGCCAGCAUGGCCGGUGGUUGGCAAUUGCUGUACUGGACCCCGCUCAAGAAAUGCUUCAAGAUCUUCACUCUGGGUUUUCCCUGUCCCGACACCAUGGAGCUGAGUCCUUCGCCGAUUAGUGCCAAGCGCAAGGAUGUGCCCGCUGCGGAGUGUCGCUGCCCACCGGGAACAGCGCUCAGUCCCCUAACCGAUGCCUGUCAUGCACUCUACGAGCGUGGUCCUUGUCCGCUUGGCGAGUACUUUCAACCACUGCCGGAGCAGACCAAGAGAGCCGACAAUCGUUGGGGCAGCUGCAAGCGGCAGCUCCAAUGCGAUGAGGGCAUGUUGUUCUGGCCCAGAGAUGGAAAAUGCUAUCGCAAUCACUCAAAGGGACCCUGCAUAAGGGGCAAGCUGCUCAUGCGCAAUGAGGAUGGCUUAGCCGAGUGCCGUUGCCAUCCCUUUGGCGAGUUGGGUGAGUUCUACUACAGCGUGGAGGACUCUUGCUAUGAGCACUACACGAAGGGACCCUGUUCCACACCUGGACACAUCUUUCUGCCCGGCGGACGCUGCGAUUGCCAGCGACAUCUGCCGCACUAUUAUGCGCCGCAACAAAUGUGCUUUGAGCUGGACACCCCGGGUCCUUGUCCACCGGGUCACAUCUUUCGCAUACCCGACGAUGUGGAUGCCAAUCCGGAGGCCAACACAUUGCAACUGCUGCCACAUGCCAAGUGUCUGUGCAAGGAGGGUUAUGUGCCCUGGAGCGAUGGUCUCUGCUAUCGCCUCUACACCCGGGGACCUUGUGCAGCCAACGAGUUUCUCGUUAAUGCCACAACUUGUGUGCGCAAUUUUUGUGGCAAGAAUCGCCUGUAUUUCCCCACCGAGGACUCUUGCUAUAGGAUUGGCUCGCAAGGGCCGUGUUCACUGCACCAAGUGGUUGUGUUUGACUUUACGGCGCGACCCUCGCUAGAUGGCAUCUCAUACAACGGCAUGUGCGGUUGCUCUGGUGUCCUCACGAAUCUGGAUCAACAGUGCGCCGCCAGCAAUGAGCAGGAGAAGAGCAUUUGCGAGGCCACCCCUGGCAUGGUCGAGAUGAAUGGCCAGUGCCAUAAGCUCUACACACGCGGACCUUGUGGCGCCGGCCAGUGGCUGGAGCCGCUGAAGACGCUUCCCUCCAACAACAGUACCAUGCUGCUUGGCUAUGCCAGCAGGGCGAAAUGUGUCUGUCGGCCAGGUUAUACGCCGGCGGAAACCGAUCAUGGUGGCACACACAAUUGCAGUGCACCCAGCGUUAGUCUGGCGAGGUGGUUCUUAGAUAUAUUUGGCUAACAAAAACAGCUCGCAGCUGGCCAGCCACUCAAUGCGUUGGCUCUGCUCUAAGAGGCGCCUAGGUGAGAGAUUGUGCCAUGAAUGUAUUACACACCAGCUAAUGUAUAAAUUGUUAAGUGAACUGUAGAUAAUAUGUAUGAAUAAAGGCUUAUAUUAUAUAUAAAUAUUUCAGCUAAUUCCUAAAUUUUAGAAGUAAUAAAGGGUAUCAAUGAGAAAGUCAACAAACGUAGAAGAAUACCUGUUACAUUCUUAAAAGUUCAACUCGUGUUAUGAAUACAAAAAUGAGAGAAGUUUUUGUCGCUAGCCCUAUUUUAUAAUGGGAACAAAUUAGA